AGACGAAAAGCAACAGACAGCAGUAAAAAUGGCAACUCGAGGUGUUGGGCCAGUUGUAGCUGGGACGGAUGGCACUGAUUUCGAAUAUAGACAACGAGUAGCUGCACCGCAUCAAAUUAGCUUAUUAAACAAAUCCCGACUGAAAUAUUGCAUUUUCUUUCAUGCCCUGCUAUUUUUUGUAAUGUUGGCUAAGCUAACAUCAGACAUUUUGGAUCGUUUGGAUAUCUUUGUGCUCGAAAUUGAGGAAUUGGAAGUGCCAGCACCAUUAUGGUGGGAAUACAUUUGGUUGGCCUCCCUGCUGACAUCAUUUAUCGGUCUGUCGGCGGCACGUGGCAAUAAAAUUCGCGAUAUGCAAAAAUAUAUGAUAACCUUGGGCUUGUUUGGUGUACUACCAUUGCUGUACUGUUUCGUUUAUUAUUUCGGUGAUGUUUUGGAAUAUUUGAGUCUGGAGGAUAAAUCGGAUUUAGAUGGUACCGACAUAUUUCUGUGGAGGGGUUUACCCUAUGGCCUCUUGUGGUAUGCUUUCUGUUUUGUUGGUUUCCAAAUACACGGUUUCACUUUAUAUUUCUCGUAUAAUUUAAUCAAAGCCUGGAAGGCACGUUCUGCCCGUAAAUAUCAAUAAAUAUGUU